GGAAGAAGCGGCAGACAAAAACAAGAGAUAGCCAUGCUACAACGGGAUUAAAAAACACAAUUACGGAUGUUGGGUUUGGCUCACAAGGAAAAUGUCAACUAAGGAGGGUGGAGAAGGUAAAAAUGGUCAACCUGUGGCCAUGGCUACUGAGAAAACCAGAGAAAACCAGAGCCAGCAUACAGUCGAGGCAACAGGCAACUCCACAGACACCAGCACAGCAGCGAAAAACUUGGCUUUGCUUAAAGCGCACUCUCUGGACGUGAAGUUUGAUGUCGGAGAGGAGUAUGAUGUCAUAGAAACCAUUGGCACCGGGGCCUAUGGCGUCGUUUCAUCUGCCAGGAGACGGGACAAUGGCCAGAAGGUGGCGAUAAAGAAGAUCUCAAAUGCUUUUGAAGUUGUGACAAAUGCCAAACGCACUUUACGAGAGCUGAAGAUUCUGAAGCACUUCAAACAUGACAACAUCAUCGCCAUCAAAGACAUCCUGCAGCCAAACCUUCCUCACUCUGCCUUCAAGUCUGUGUACGUGGUGCUGGACCUCAUGGAGAGUGAUUUGCACCAGAUCAUACACUCUGCCCAGACACUUACACCAGAGCACACGCGAUACUUUCUGUACCAGCUCCUCCGUGGCCUUAAGUACGUGCACUCUGCCAAUGUCAUCCAUCGUGACCUCAAACCCUCCAACCUGUUGGUAAACGAGAACUGUGAGCUAAAAAUCGGUGACUUCGGCAUGGCAAGGGGUCUAAGUUCACACCCCGAGGAGUCUCAUUCCUUUAUGACUGAAUACGUGGCGACUCGAUGGUACCGUGCUCCUGAACUCUUGUUGUCUCUGAAUCACUACAGUUUGGCGAUCGACUUGUGGUCUGUGGGCUGUAUCUUUGCAGAAAUGUUGGGGCGCAAGCAGCUUUUUCCUGGGAAGCACUACGUCCAGCAGCUGCAGUUCAUUUUGUCUGUGUUAGGCACUCCUCCUGAAGGUUUGAUAAGUGCUAUUAGGGCUGACAGGGUUCGCUCCUAUGUUCAGAGUCUACCAUCACAAUCUGCUGUGCCCUUGGCCAAACUGUACCCACAAACUGAGCCAGAGGCUUUGGACCUGUUAGGGGCCAUGUUGCGCUUUGACCCUCGUGAACGAAUCAGUGUGACACAAGCGCUGGAGCAUCCCUACCUAGCUAAGUACCACGACCCAGACGAUGAGCCAAUUUGUGUGCCAGCUUUUGAUUUUGAAUUUGACAAGCUGCAAAUGAACAGGGAGCAAAUUAAAGAGGCCAUUCUGAUGGAGAUCCAGGACUUUCAUAGGAAUAAACAGAGCUGUCGUCAAAGACUGCAGUUCAGGCCUUUGGGGAGGGCAAAUGGCAGAGCAGGGGGACUUGCAGCACAAAGCAGUAAUCAGUGUAACGCUCAGGCCUCCACCGUCACCCUGACCAAGUCAAAUUUGGUUCCAAUGGCACGACACCCACAAGCAACACAGAUGCAGCAACAGCAAAUGAGAGAAGUCAAACCUCAACAGCAACAAGACAGUGGGAUACACACACCAGCAGAAGGGAACCGCACAUUUACAAAUCAAAUGCAAACCUUUAAUAAAGACGUUGCCCCACCCCAUGUGACCCAUAAUUUGCCUCUUCUCACUAAAAGCGAAAGUGGCCCAGUUGAUGUGGACAUGCCCAGUGCCAACUCAGACAGCGGUCAGCCAGAGACUAUAGAUUUAACAACACCAGUAUCGAGUCAGGAUGCUCCAUCAGAAGCAAUGAGAGACAAUGAGGCACAGGAACGGCUGCCCAGCAGUCAGGCCCCUCUGACUCAGCCCACCCAGAGCCAGUCCAUGACCCAGGCUACCACCUCCAUUCCUCCAAGGCCAUCACAGACCAUGACACCCUUACCCACCACGGUGCCUUCCCUUUCUCUUUCUGUGGCACAAGCCCAGUCAUUGUCUCAGUCCCUUUCACAGUCACUGUCCAAGAAUGCAAGGCCUCCGCCUGGUGCAGGAGAGGGAACCAGGAAAGAAGGAGCAAUAUCAGAGGACACUAAAGCUGCUCUUAAAGCAGCUUUAUUCAGAAAUAAAGCCAGGGGUGAUGGAGGUACCUCUGCCUUGGGCAUGGACGCUUGUGCAGGAGGAGGUGUACCGACCUCCCACUCUUCUGUUCCAGAGUCGCGUCGGCCUGUCACUGCCCAGGAACGUCAACGAGAAAGAGAGGAGAAAAGGAGGAAGAGGCAGGAACGAGCUAAAGAGAGGGAGAGGAAAAUAAAAGAAAAAGAGAGGAGAGAGGGAAAGCACGGGGACUUGUUGGGUGGGGUUCUACUGAGUGACAACGACAAAAGCCUUUUGCAACGUUGGACAAAAAUGAUGGACAGCCGCAACGAGAAAACUUCUAACAGUGACGGAGCAAAGAACACGGACUGUAAUGCAAACUCACACCGUGGUGGAGCCAUGGGUGACAACACUCAAGGAGCAUCGAACAAUAAAACAGAUAAGGAGACAAGGAAGAUUCAGUCUCAUGAACAAUUAAUCUCUCAAGUUAAACCUCACCAGCCCGACUUGUUUCAGCCUCCCAGCACCCACCAGCCACCCUUACUGUACUCCAUGAGCCAGAGUAAACCUCCAGCGGAUAUAGUUGUUGCUGUAAGCGGAGGAAUAGAUAUAAUGAGCGUCACUAGUAAUUUUGUUAAGAACAACACACUCAAACCUCAUAAUGAGAGCAAUGGACAAAGUGGUUUCAACUGUUUGGGGAAUUGGAGUGGGCAGCAAUUAGAGACGAGGCCAUCACAGCAACCACAACCAAACAGGACGCCACAGCCUCUGCCGCCAAGCUUUCUUCAGCCACAGCUCCAACCACAAACCUUACCGGACCCACAACCUCAGUCACAACUGCUUCCUCUGGAGAGGUUUUUGACUAAAGCCCCAACACUAACCACCAGAGAGACAAACGGAAAUGUGGAUAAUAACCUGAACUCCCACCCUAACCCUCCAGUUACAAGUGUUGGACCUAUGGAGAAACUGUGUCCUUCUGUAGGAGAGAAAUCUGGACCACAGACCACAAACCCUCUCUGUGGGACUUUAGGGGGCCCCUCACAGCCUCAUCCCAGUUUAGGAUUCACAGAUACCGGACAGCAAGGAUCCUCCAUUGCUCCUGACAUCCACACAGUAACGCUGCAGCUCUCAAAGUCCCAGGUAGAGGAUGUUCUACCCCCGGUGUUCUCGGUCACCCCUAAAGGCAGCGGGGCUGGGUAUGGUGUGGGCUUUGACCUCGAUGACCUUCUGAACCAGUCUCUCACAGACUUGCAACACUGUGACCGAGACAGUUACGACUCGGCCCCCCUCUCAGCCUCCCUCUUAUCUGACUGGAGUGAGGUUCACCGUAUGACUCCGGCUGACCUGGAAUCACUGCAGCAGGAGCUGCAGCUUGGCUCUCCCAUGAUCCUCUCUGAUACCAUCCCUCCUGAUUCCUGACUUUCCC